GCAGGGUCGUCGACCACUAGACCAGGCUGCCCAGAGCCACAUCCAGCCUGGCUUUGGUCAUUUCUUUCUUUAAUAUCAUACCCAUUUUACAAGGGUGUCAGUUCAGCCUUCCCCUUGAUCAAAGAGUCUCAUGAUAAGCAGAUGCAGAUCGCUUUUGGAGUUGAGUGUGGUUAUCUCCUUCUCUCUUCCACCCCGCAGCAAUAGGUCUAGUUUGAUACAGCAUUCUUGGAUGGCUUUUACAAAUCUACUUUAUUAAACACCACCUUCAGUAAUGUUGGGUAUGCCUGAAAGCACUGCCCUACACAAAGAAUAUUUUUUAGAAUUCUCAGCUGUGUAUGGAGCAUUCUUGUUUUUACUGUGGCCUUGUAGCUUCUGUAAACAUAAGCUCACUCUUGUUUUUUCAGCUGCAAUUGAAUUAGUAAUUGAACUAGUAAGAAGUAAAUAAAGCAGCAAAACACCCCCAGUUUGCUGCAGUCCCUUCAUGCAGAGGAAGUUUCUCCAAACUGUUUAUUUUAGCUUCAGAUACAAAGUGCUAAUCUGAAAAUUUGAGCUUACUGGUGUGCCUUCAAGACUGUCACAGACAUGCAAUUAUAGCACAUCGACGUGUCAGAGUAAGCUGUUCAGCUGUUUAUUUCAAGCAUAACGUUUAUUUUCUUAAUCUUUUUUAUCCUGACUAUCUUAAUACGACUCCUGGAAUGAGAAACUUUUGGCUUCUGCAGGGAUGCAGAAGAGCCAGUAUGUCUUGCUUGACUGCUGUUGGUUGUAUUCUCUCUACCACUGUUACUCUGAAGGUGAGUAGAAUGAGGGAUUCCCAGGAGUAGAAGACUUUUCUCAAAAAUCUCUGAAGUAUCAGGGCUGGUAGAGCUGUCGGUGGCUGAAUCCUGCAGUAGAGUGUCGGAGUAGUGCAAUCUGCUGUAAGUAAUCCCAGGAAGGAGUAUUUAACCAUCCCUUCCGUACUGUGUGACAGUAUAGGUUCCACUAAAAUCAGUCUGAAAAAUGGGAAUUGUGUUUUGGUUGGUGUUGCCAUUCCUUGCUAAGCAACCUUCAGCUGUUACUCACCUCACUGUGCAGAAGGUAUUUGGAAUAUGCUCCCUUAUCGAAGGAGUAAAGCUGGUAGAUCUCAUGUGCUUGUGAAGGGAAUGAGAGUUACAGGCUAAGAUCACAAGCAAGGUUUAGUGGUGCUUGGGAAAGGUUCUAGGUGUGCUGAGUUAAUAAAUGAUGUCUGGUUAGGGGUUGUGCAUAUUUAAAUAAAUCUUAGGGGACCUCUGUCUAAAUCGUUAGUGACUGUCUGAGUCUAAAAAAAUAAAUGACGUGUAUAAAAUGGCCACUGCAGGAAGUGGUGUUAGAUAUUGGUGGCACCAGGUGAGUUUGUUUAUUCCCUCCAGUACUUCUAUGGAAAACAGAACUCCUGUCUGCAGACUGGAGCUGAAUGUUUUAACAGUUCUGUUCUUCUUAGAGAAUGGUUUGUGUGGAAGAGAUGCAGAUGAGAUGUGAGCGGAUCUCCUCCUUAUCUGUCAACUCUGAAGUCCAACUGUACUACAUACGUUCAUUUUCUUCAUCUCUGUUUUGGAAAUAAAACUGUCAGUACCUAUUUAAAAUGAAGUUUAUUUGGAAGCUUUAUUUUGGUAUUGGAAAGUUAAUGCUGCGGAUCCUAGGUAGGUAAGGAGGUUCUCUUUUCCAAUGUUAAGGAAAUCAGCCCUCACAACUUCAAGUGAAGUAGAAAAAAGUCCACAGUUCGCCUAGUUUUUUGUUUUAAGGCGCUUGAGGCGGGACCCAUGACUGCAUUGGUAGGCAGCUUGUUUGUUGUAAAGUGAUGUGCUUCUGGUUCUGGGAUGCUACGGCACUUCAGGUGACUAUGCUGACACAUCUUGAAGGCGUGCUGCAUCUGUAGAGCUUUUGCAACUCUUUCUUGGCAAUACUGUUAUCCUAAAAAAAAAAGCUUUGAUGCUUUAAAAGAAAAAUGAAUGUUUGGGUAGGGAAAGAUGUAAUGCUAGCAGAUGGUUUGGGUAAGGAUGCUUAACGUGGCCUCACUGAUGAAUGUAUAGGUGUUGGUGUUCAGGUGUGACUUCUUGUGACCCUUGUAUAGUCUUUGUGUUAUAUUGACAGAAAUAUGUGAAGGGAAUGUGUAUAUGAUUUACCAUCAUAAGGCAGCAUUUCUAUUCAGUUUUCACUAAGCAGUCAGAUGGAGAGUUUAUCUUGCUACUCCGAAUGUUUGUCAGCCACGUCUUUCUACCCUGUAUGUAAUCAAAUACUCAUAGUUUUCUGAAGACUGGAGCCAUGUACAGGUGUUUAACUGUCCCCGCACCUUAUUUUCAUAUUAAGCAACCACUGUAUACCAGACUGAAAAUCAGGCAUGAGACCAAGCAUGCCCUAAAUAUAUCUUAGUUGGUGCUUGCACUGAUUUCUUCUAGGUCAAGUCUUGUAAGCACGAUGAUUAUGUAUGCAUUACCCAAAGGUACUUUUGACAAAUAUAAAUUACUCAUUUAUGCACAGGUUCUUCUCCUCUACAGUAUUUUAACUAGACCCUCAAGUCCUAAAAGUAGAUUGGCAUAUUCUAGAAAAUAAGCUGAAAUUAGCCUUGGCUUUUUUUUUUCCUGCUUCAUUCCAGUAUCUUAGCUUGAGUUGGUUGUAGUGUUAAUCAUCAGAGUGGGUAGCGUGUCCAAGUAUGCAGCUGUUAAGAUGCUAAAACACAGAGCUUGGAAAGACAUUUGGAGUGUUUAGUAUGAUGAAAUGUUUGUAGUUUUGGCGUCCGUUCUCCUUGAGUUCAACUUGUAAGAGUCAAAAAGUUAAGUGUCUAUGUGUUAAGUUAACAUCCUGAUUAUUUUGCUUUGGUUCAAAUGAAAGGCAUUUUACACAGUAACAAAACUUUAUGUUCCAGAGAGGUUGCCUUGGAUUUGGGCUCAUGUUCCCCCCCUCCCCCAAAUCCCAAAGCUCCUAAGCCUUUGCAAGGACUGCUUUGUGGAAUACAGCUUCAGCAGGCGGAGGACAUCUGAAUCCUCUCUGUGGCAGGGAGUGACUCAGAGAUAAGAGGAGGAAGGUCAUUCCUACCCUCCUAGUUUUUCCCAUACGAAAGAAUAGAACAAAACAAUUCAUUUAGUGAGAAGCUGGAGGUCCUCAGUACCUCUGGUGUCUGUAAGGUAUUCAGUGAGUCACAUGUUUUCCCAUGCCUGAGCUUUGCCAUAUAUGAACUUCAGGCAGUUUUUUCCUUUUGUUCAUCUUGUCCUGAAGUGUUUUGCCAGCAGAAUAUUCCUCCUUAGCUGGUUCUGCAGGUGUGAACUGUUCUCCUCCACGGAAUGGUGAACAAUGCUUUAAUGAAGUUGAAAAUGAGAACUCACGGCAUGACUUAGCUUCUUUCUGAAGUGCUGGGUGUCAGCGUGGGCACUCAUCCCACUGAAGUCAGGGGUGUCAGGUUUGUGGGAAGACUGCAGUGAGCCAGCUGUUGAGGAGAAAGAAACAAAAGCAGCCAUUGCUUCUCACAGCAGCUUGGGAAACGAUCUCAUUUAUAAACCUGAGCAGCAGAAAAAGCACGCUCGCAGCUGAUGGGUCCUCGAUCCAGUUUGUCAGGCAGGGGCAUGGGAGCUUGUGCUGACACAGCGAGGAGCCCGAAAGGAAGAGCCAGGAGCUUGGAUGGGGAGGAGGGCUGAGGACUGCCUCUUCUGGCUAAACUAUUCAUUUAAAUGCCUGUCAAAGAAACACUUGCAUUGUCCUUGAGGAGCAGGGUUGCUGAGAAUGCUACAGAUCUGUGAGAAUUCUGGUAUUAAAGGGCAAAGCAAUCCUCUUCACGGUUCCUUUGGAUUUGGUUUGAAAGUGGCUGGUGGAGUCCUGGAAAGAUAAAUGGCAUCAAAUCUUUUUUUUUCCUUCCAGCUUUGAAACUUAAAAGCUUGAGAUAAAAUCAGCACUGACAUUUUUAUUCUCUGGUGUUCCUUACAGUUCUUUAAAGCAGCGUGUUAAGGGUAGAUCAAAAGAGAGGAUUGAAGCAGUGUUGUGUUAAAACAUUGCUGCAUGUUUUAAGUGUAACCAUCGCUGCUUUUGUAUCGCUCAGCGGAAUGCAGGAAGGAGGCGCUUCGUACGCCAACCAGCGUUAAGAUGGACAUGAAGCAAGACUGGGAUGAGUACGGUAGCUGUGCUACAAAUAACCAACCUAAUUUUAAGAGAAAGAGCGCUUGCUUUUAACUUAGCAGUAUGUUAGAUAGAUGAACAUACGUCUCCUGUCCAUCUCAGUCACCAACAGAAGUGAAAGUUAGCAUAGCAGCACGCUGGUAAUUUUGUGAAGCAUCAACUCGAUAGAAGAUCUCCUCAGUGAUAAAUAUAGUAGCAAAGUUCAGCGCAUAAACAUCCCAAAGAGCUUUUCUGAGCCCUGCACGUGUGGAAAGUGGCUGUGCUUCUCAACUUAUGUAUAAAAUCACUCUAAAUCUACUUGUGCCUUUGAGAUGGUCUUUUUCAGUAUGUGUAUCUAUUUAAAGUUGAGUUCUCCAAACACCUUUAUGACACAGUACGGCAUAAUAGGAUGAGCUGAUUUAAUAUCUUAUCUCUGCCACGAGUGGGGAAUUUUUCUCUGACCUAUAACCAACCGUACACUUAAAUGGCUUCCGUUUUGCCAACUCUCAUUGCAGCAGAUCACUGGCCUGCAGUCUGUCCAAAAGGCGGUAUUGUGGGUAUGAAGGGAAAAGGGGAAAUAGCUGUGAGGAGUUCUGGUUGCUUUUCCUUUGGAGUCUGGAACCAAGCUGUUCUGUCAGCUCAGGACCUGCCUUGCUCGUGUUUGUGGGGUUGGAUUUAUCCUUUCCAGCUGCAUGUUGUUGCAACAGCUCUGCUGAAUGACAAGUGUGUUCUGCAAGUUAAUAGAGAUGCUAAUUCCUUCUGUGUUCUGGGAUGCUGCAUGCUGCUCUGUCCCAGCAUUGCUUAGUUAAGUGAGCUUAUGACCUAAACCUCAGUUUACUUGCUUUGCCUUCCCUAACUUCAUCAGUUACUGGCUUUGAAGACACAUAUGGAGCAGUAGGCACUUCCUUGAGUGAGUUAGGUGUGAAAUAUGAGCAGUAAUACUCUCAAAGAAUUGUAUUUAAACUAUUCCUACACGUGAAACAAAAACAUUUAGCAGGUGUUCUUAGUGGUGGUUUUCAUUGUAAUCCAGAGAUGGGUAUGCAGACUUUCCAAGCCAUAGGAAUAUGUUGCUAGUAGAAAUAACUUGAGAAAUGUGUGGUGCAACGGAAGCACAGUCUAGUAAGUAUUUAAAGUGUUUUCUUUAACAUUUGCGAGGGCAGGCAGUGGAUGUUCUGUUUAACUUCCAAUAACUUGUGAAGCAUUUGAUUCAGUGAUGUCCUAGUAAGACAUUUCCAUUAGGCUCUGUGUGAAUGAUUCAAUUUGAAUGCGGGGGGAGAGAGAGAUCUCUGUGCAAGAGGGCGUGUUUCUGAUGGGUUGAAAGGGUUCUUCACUGUCAGUGCAGUGAAUGUUUCUAGCCGAGUUAAAACCUGAAGAUUUUUCAUUUUUUGUACUCUUAAAAACCUUCAGAGUUAGUCUUCAGCUAAAAUCAGGCUCUUAAUUGUCAGUUCACCUUGUUUUGAGAAAGGCAGAUGUUUGUGACUUCAUUGUCGUGCAUUUCUUUCAGUAAUCUGAGAUAAACUGAAUGGUUUUUUGUAUUCUGAAGAUUUGAAAAAUGGUUGUCAGGAGGUCCUGAAGUCCAGUGAGCAAGCAACAUUCAGCUAGAAAGAUUUUAACCUGGCAGCCGGUUUGACUGUGCUGAUGGCAAAUGCACUGAGGUUCUGCUGUGAGGUUCUCAGUAUUUCUUGACCUUUUGAGCAGCUUCAGAUGAAAUAAGUGAGCAGCUGCAUUAUAAUCAACAUAGGAGUUUCUCAUUGUUUUUAUCCUGUUUUUGUACUCCUUCAGCUUUUUUUUUUUUCUUAACCAGUCUGCUGUCUGUUAAAUUUCAGGCUUGAUGUUGAUAAAUGGAGUAGUUCUAAUACUCAGUUCAGUAUCUGAACUUGAAGAUACCAGUCAAGCAAAUGCCCUUCGGGAGCUUUCCGAAAGAAAGAAACUAAGUACAAUAUUAUUGUUUCUGCUCAUUUUCCUAAGUUAAGUGGAGUGUGGGAAUACGAUAAAGGAAGUUGAACCUUGUUUAAAUGUAGAACAGUUAGAAAAUCUCUUUGGUUUACAGCUGAGCAAAUGGAGACAGGAAGAUUCUGAUCCAGCAGAUCUUGAAUUUGAAUUUUUCGGUGAAGCAUAUCAGUGUUGAGUUACUUAGGUGAUUAUACUCAUGAGAAAAUCAUGGGCUUGCCUGCUUAGAAAGGAGGGGGAAACUGACAUUGAAAGUAGAUUCUUUUGUGUGAAGGUUUGCUAACUGUCUGUAUUGGCGCUUUGAACUCUUAAGGAAAUUCCAGUGGCUGAGCACUGCUUUAUAUUUGUGUGUCAUUUUUUUGGUGAUGGUGUUGGGGGGAAUGAGACAAGACUAAUUGAAAACAUCAACCAAGUACUAAUGUGUUUUCAUAGAGUUUAAUGAUUAAAGAACUGGAAAUAAGGAACUAGUCUGCUACAUGUUGUGUUUGGUCCUGUUUAUGAUUACCUAGUUCUACAUUAUAGUUCGUCAAGGUCAAAAUGUAUCAUGUCACAGCAAUUAUAAGAGAGCCUCUGUGUUUGGGGGCUUGUCCUAGUAUGAACCAAGUGGGACAGAGGACCAGCUUCUAAAGCAGACAUUCUCCUACAUGCUUAGCGAAUGGAUUGCACAGACAUGGGGUAUGUUAAAAGAGGAUCAUUUCAACCUUAUGCUCUGAUCUCUCACGUACUGAUGUUAAGAUAUCUGGAGUUAGUACUUAUCUUAGCAUUCAGGAGGCACUAGUAUUAAUGUUGUUAGAUUGUACUUCUUUCCAUUAUGUGAGAAAUUUUCUUUGCUUAGAGGCUCUACAAAUGCCAUUGAAACUGUGCAUAGCUUCCCUGCUGCCUGUGUAUCAUUACAAAUGGGAAAGGAAAUAUAAUUUGAAGAAUCUGUCCUGUUGCAAAUUGGUGUCGUCUUUCAACACGUUCACUGUCUUAGUCGUGUUUAGCCCAAAAGCAGGCUUCUUAUGGGAGUCGAAAGUUCUUGGACUAAAGACAUAGUAUUAUUACCUGGUAAAAACUUCGACUGCUUGAAGGGGAGAACUUGAGAGGAGGUUCUCCUAUAAAAGACUCCCAUUAGACAAACUUUUCUGUGAGUAAUGUUGCACUACUGAUGGAAAACACUUACAAAAUGCACUUUUAAAUACGUAAUUUUCUCUUGCUUUCAUAGCUUUGUGUCAAUGCAAUUUUAACUUGUAUUGGGCGUUUCUUCUGUAGCAAAAUUGCAGGCUCAGUUCUUAGGAGAGGAAAAGCUCACUUGGACAAAUAUAAAGGAAGAUAAAGUUGCGAUAAUAUGUCUUGACACAAUUGCUUUUUAAGUUCUGACUUGGUUUGUCAAGGCAAUACUAUGUAUUAAUAGAGGGUUUUUUAUCCUCCUUCUUCCGUGCUUAGAUUUGCAUUGCAGAAUUGAAAUCCAAAGUAGUAGGGCUGAUGUAAGCACUUACUGGGGAAGAAGGUUCUCAACUGGUCAGAAGGAUUUGCAUCACUGUCUGCAGUGCAGUAUGCCACUUGCUUACUAGAAUGUAAAACUCCAUCCAGAUAUGAAUUUGAUUUAAGCGGGGACAAAGGCUGCUUUCAGAAAUAUUUUUUACGUGGUACUAACGCGACUACUUUCUUUCAGAAGCUGCUGAUAGAAUUUGAAAGUAUUAACUUAUGUGCCUUGACUUGAGCACUGCAAUUUUACUUAAGCGGAGCUAGCUGCUGGCAUCCCUUGUCUUAAAGUUCCUGGAAAAAGUGCUGUGAGCUUUUGCUUGGAGCUUGUAUGUGCUGUUGGUCAAUCCUGAUAGCGAAGACAAUGCCAGGAGUGCAAGGAAAACUAACUUUUUUCGAUGGUGGCAGUGAUUGCCACUGACUCUUGAAUGAGAUCUUAUAUCUUAUAUGUAAUUGUACUGCAAUAUGAAUACUGAAAUCCCUCAACAGUUCCUUAGAGGAGACAGUAAUACCUAUUUCAAAAAGGUUCUCUGGAUAUGGGGUCAUCAUGGUCCCUGAUCACAUCAGAUCCUAUAGUUUAUGCUAGCUGCCAAGUAUAUUUUGGUAGCUUGCUGCUGCUUCUAAAGGAGAUGAGAUCUGAGAAGGAGUGCCUGAAGGAAGUGGAGCAGCUUUACUCCAUCAGGCACGUCAUAAACAUCUUAAUUUAUUGUCAUUGAUCAAACUUGUAAAGAUUUUUUCUUGUAUGCAGUCUUUUAAUUUGACGUAAGAAGGGGAUGUUUAUCUUUACUCCAAAAGGUAGUUGAGUACAGGCAUUUUUCAAAGAUACUAGUUUCUGUGGAGGUGUGGGAAAGUUAGGUCUCAGGAGUACCACGUUAAGACCUUUAAAGAAUAGGAGUUGAUCUUUUCUAGCUCUAUAUGCUUACCAAAAAGAGUAAAGCUAAAUGUGCAGAAAACGUGAGGUUUGGAAUUAAGGCCUUGGAUGUCUUGUCAUCCUAGAUGAAGUAAAGAAUACGCUGCACAGAAAAUAAAGGUCUGUCUGGGGAGAAAGCUUAGUGUUUAAGCCCUAAAGAAUAUUGGAUAGUCAAAAAAGGUGGUUGUAUGGUUGUUCCAGAAGCCAAAAUAAGUGGUUCUGCUGUGAGAAUUAGCAGGGCUGAGUUAUGGCAGAUGAGGAUGAGCAGUAAAGAUCAUCUUGUGAUAGUAAAACUAAAUGAAUGUUUUGCCAGAACAUUCCAGAGUGUUUUUGUCUAGAGGGACUGAAAUUCCUAGAGAGAAACACUGAAUUAUAACAAUGGGGAAUAAAUAGAAAACAAAAAUGUAGAUUAUAUCAAGUGAAGUCCUCCUUCCUCCCCAAUAAAAAAGGAAGGUUGAUGUUACAUUGGAAUUGCUAAAGCACUCGCCUGAGGGAUGUUGGUGAAGGGGAGAAAGGCAACAAUAUACUAUGAAAAAAGAGUAAAAGCAGGUGAGAGGCCUCACUUCAGAAGGUUCCUGAAGUUUGGGUUUGAACUGACGUAACUUCAUAUAAUUGCUAAGCCCUGAGGAUGAAGAGUAGGAGUUUGGUGAAUCCAUCUAGAGAGGCAAAUGUAUAAAGUGGGUUUAAUUUUUUGUGCAGGAGUGAGAGGCCUUAAAAAUGCACCAAGGGAUUACCAAUGCAAACUACUGUAAAGUGUAAGUCAUGUUUCUGUGGCACACUCAGAAGUAGCAGCUGUGAAGAACAUGGUUAGUGUCUUUGUGGUUAUCUAACUUAAUAAUGUGAAGGAGUAAUGAAAGGUAUGUGCACGGGUGGGGAUUGAUUUGCUGAAGGUGGAUAAAUAUUAAUGCAAGUUCAUCAGGUAGUGAACUUGUGUGGUGUAUACACUUAUGAGGGUCUGUUUGGGAAAGGUUUCUUUCUCAUUUACUUGUAGAGGGUUUUGAAAAAGUAUUUCUCCUAUUAGAACAGCUUGGCACAAUCCAGCAAAGGGAACAGGAUAGGAAUAGCAUCACUCAACCAAAAGUAAGAAAUGGAUAAAACUGGAAGAUGGUGUUUGCAAGAGGAGGAGAUUGUACAUUAGGUGGUGGAUAAUUGUAGUGUCUCGAACUAGUUUAUUCGUUAGGAGGUUUUCCAAUUAAGGUAGGCUACUUAAUUUUGAGCAGAGGGGGAAAGACGUGAUUUUUUUGUUUGUUUGUUCCCAAUAAUGAAUGCAACUUGUGUUUCUAAUGAAUAAGAUGUAAGCGUCUGUGUGAGAUGCAGUUUACACAACCAACUUUGAGCUGUGAGUCUGAAAAUGCACAAAAAUGGUGUUUAUAUGCUUUGGGACAGUUGGUGACCAGUACCGCUUGAUCAGCUGUAAAGAGAUAACAAUGUGCUUUUGUGAUAUAAGAGUGGGAAUUGUCUGAUCGAUUGUUUAAAUGCUUACAUUUCUGUGUGCCGGAAUCUGUCUCGGAUCAAUUGUUCAAAUGCUUGUGUUUCAGUGUGACAUAAUUUGACUGGUGCCAGUUAAGAAUUAGUGGUGGCAUGCAUGAUAGGCGGGAGACAAAUUUUUCUUCUUGAAGGUUGUACAUCAGCUCUUUAGUAUUUGUAGUUUCACUCUGUACUUCACUGCAUGUGAACUUGGUGUUUCUUCAAAUGCUUCUACUCUCCUCUAGGUCAAAUUAUGUGCUUUACCCUUAGUUUUAGUUACCAGUGCUGUAGGGGGAACAUAGCAUAUAGAGUAAGCCAACAUUGUUUUGUACUUGUCCCAGCCUUUGGCUUUCACUGUGUACUGCUAUCUCAAGAUUCAUUUCGAUCUUCUGCACUUGAGCACAGCUUGAAAUAGGAUUUCUUUCCCAAUUUUUUUUUUUUUUUUUUUUAAGCAAUGCUAUGAUAAACUUGUCUCCUCAAGCUGUGCUUCCAGUGUUUACUCUUCCACCGUCUGUGUAGGGGAACAUAAGGACUUUUCUCUGGUAUAGACUUACAGAAUGGGAGGAACUGCAAUAAGACAGCAUGAUAAAUGUGUGCGACUUGGACAGCUGCUCUAAGGUACCACUUCUGGGGAAGAAAUAUUUCUUUUUAGCAAUAGAUGGGAAUAGGCGAGGGUACUGACUUGAUCAUUCCCUUUCUAGCAGAAGAAAGUAAAGAUGUUACAUUUUUAACAGAAGCUCAGAUGUUUUACGCUCUCCUUUCCUGAAAACACCAGGCUGGAGUGAUUGAUAGAGCUGGAUUUGAAAGUGAAGAAGAAAUGGAUCUGUGUUCACCUUUGCGUAACUUGAAGAUCUGUUUCCUGACCUGUGAAUUAUGUGACUUUUGAUUUUUUCAACAGAGGAAAAAAAUAAUUCGGAUAUGUAAAUAACUUCCUCACCUCCACCUCUCAUAUCUUCCUUUCCUGCAAGAACAGAAUGGAAGGCUGUAUCAAAGCCUUGGUUUUACUGGGGAUCUCUUCAUGCUGCAAUGUUUCAAGUAUUGAGAAUAUGCAGUUUUAUGUGUGUGCAUACAUAUAUCCAUACAGUACAUAGUAUUACAUAGUAUUGGGAAUAUAUAGUUUUCUGCAAUUUGGUAUUCCACAUUGUAAACAAGUUUGAUGUACCAUGUGAUGUGGAGGUUGUCAUUUAAUAAAUGCAGGCUUCUUGCAGGUGAUGGGUACAGUGCUUGGCCUGAAGAGAGGAGAGGGUGUGGGAGAUGAAGUACUUUCCAGUAUUGGCAUUCAGAGUGUGAAAGCAAAUAAAUGAUGAACAUAACUUGCUUUCAGUGGAAUGUCUGCUGGUGAGUUUGCUGUCUUUGUUGUUCCCUGUAGUGCUGGUGCUGUUUUGUUUCUUCUCCCUAACAACUUGGGAGGCUUCUUCUGCUUACGGUUUUGUAAAUUAAGUUCUGUUGUUGCAGGUGACUGUUGUCUCCAAGUGGGCUGGAAAUGGCUCAUCUCUUGAGGUGAACUUGUUUCUCUUGGAAAAUCUUGCACUCAUUCUAUAAAAAGUGGGGAAAGUACUGCUUUUCCAUCUUUUGCAUAGAACGGGCACCUUUUUUUAUUCUCUGCUGCUCUCUUUCCAUUUGAAAAUGUUUUCACUGUUGUGAUACGCAUAAUAUCUUAAUUUUAGCACUAUGCUGUUCUGUGUUUUUUUUCUGCGUGUGAUAUAAGGUGUCUGUUCGCUCUUUCCAGUGCUUGGAAAAUGACUAACUGUUCUUUUGAGACAUGACUGUUGUUAUGUGGGAGGUCUGUGGGGUUCUUGUUUUAGUUUUGCAAAGGAAUACUUCAAGUUGGAGGGGCUAGCUUGGUGACCCAUCUAAUGUUAUGCGCAACUGAUGGGAUGCCUGUACUCAGGACUGGUUGCAGGGGCUGCAGAGGCUCUCAGGACUGCUGACUGAAGAGCACUACUUGAGAGGAGCCGUGGAAUUUCGUCCCAUGAUUCUCGGUGUGGACAGGAGUUUCCUGUGGAAAGGAGAGUGGGACAGGUGCAUGUCUGUAUGAUCCAUAUCUCUGAAGGCAGCCCACUUACAUUAAUCUUCUUGGCUAUCUAAGCUGAGCUUUUGCUGUUACACGUGCUUGUGCCCAGCCAUGUUUAGGAGGUUGGCAUGAAGGAUGGUAUUGGCUGCAAAAUUAAUUGUGCUGGAGUUUACAGAAAAUGUUGGUAAACUUGUUUUCCUCAGAGUGAGAUUCCUAAGGGUGGUUGUCAUUUAAUGUGAUUACAUUUUUUGUGUUGGCAGCUGGCUGAACAGCAGGCUGAAGACUAAUGAACUGGACUUGUGGCUUACCUCUUCUAGCAUAGUACUUGUGAAUGGAAUUUUGGCUGAAUAGGCCAAGUGCGAGCAAGCGUUCAGUAAGGUACCGGGUAGAAUCAUAGAGCCGUAGAGUGGCUUGGGUUGGAGGGGACCUCAGAGCCCACCCACCCCAACCCCGUGCCGUGGGCUGGCUGUCCCCACCAGCACGGCUGUCCAGGGCCCCAUCCAGCCUGGCCUCGGGCCCUCCAGGGAUGAGGCACCACAGCUCGGGCAGCCGUGCCGGCGCCUCACCGCCCUCUGAGCGAGGAGGUCGAUCGUAACGCGUAACCAUGCUCGGUGCAGAGGGAGCAGAGCUGCUGCCGCCCAUCGCUUGGGCUGGGCCUGUCGGUCGAGGCCUUGGGAGCGCUGGGAAGGUCAGAUAAGUGUAUUUUACGACUUUUAUGGGCCCAUUGUGCUUGUCCCGAGGGUUGCAGAGCCGAUGGGAGGAACGCGAGCCACCCUGCUCCGUCCCAGGACGUCGAGAUUCCUCAGAAAGCCCGAGGACAGCAGCCGUUUCGGCGCGGAUUUCUCCUCCGAGCCCUCCUGGCGCGCUCGUGCGCCCGUUGAGGAGCCGGGGUGAGCGGGGGAGCCCCGUGCCGCCCUCUCCCCCCCGCGCUCGGGUGGUAGGCGCCCGCCCCGCGCCGGGUGGAACGGUCCAUUUCCUGUUCCGCGCUGACAGCGGGGGGGGAGGGGGAAAGCGAGCGUGCUGCUGCCGGGCGGCCGGCGGCCCCUCCGUGUCCGUCAGCGCGGGGGGUGGCGGCGGCGGGCGGCGAGGCAUGGCCGGGCUCUGAGGGCGGACGGAGGCGGCGGGUCGCGCGAUGGAGGCCUACGUGCUGGAGGACAUCCUGGAGGUGGAAUCAUUUAUCCUGGAUCAGGAUGAUCUUGAAAACCCUAUGUUGGAAACAGCUUCCAAAUUGCUUUUGUCAAGUACUGCUGAUGGUGCUGACCUGAGGACAGUAGAUCCAGAAACCCAGGCAAGAUUAGAAGCUUUACUUGAAGCGGCAGGAAUAGGUAAACUAUCGACUGCUGAUGGUAAAGCAUUCGCAGAUCCUGAGGUGCUUCGCAGACUGACUUCUUCGGUCAGUUGCGCGUUGGAUGAAGCUGCUGCUGCACUUACCCGGAUGAGAGCAGAAAGCACAGCAAAUGCAGGGCAGACGGACAACCGCAGCUUGGCAGAGGCUUGUUCAGAAGGAGAUGUAAAUGCUGUGCGGAAGUUGCUAAUUGAAGGACGAAGUGUGAACGAGCACACAGAAGAAGGGGAAAGCCUCCUUUGUUUAGCCUGCUCAGCAGGAUAUUAUGAGCUUGCACAGGUUCUUCUGGCAAUGCAUGCUAAUGUAGAGGACCGAGGUAUUAAAGGAGACAUAACACCUUUAAUGGCUGCUGCUAAUGGUGGACAUGUCAAAAUUGUCAAGCUGCUGCUAGCUCAUGGUGCUGAUGUGAAUGCGCAGUCAUCAACAGGCAAUACAGCUCUUACAUAUGCCUGUGCUGGAGGCUACGUUGAUGUUGUGAAAGUACUGCUGGAAUCGGGCGCUAGUAUUGAGGACCAUAAUGAAAAUGGUCACACUCCUCUCAUGGAAGCAGGAAGUGCUGGUCAUGUGGAAGUGGCCAGAGUGCUGUUAGAAAAUGGCGCUGGCAUAAAUACACAUUCCAAUGAGUUUAAGGAGAGCGCGCUUACCCUGGCUUGUUACAAAGGUCAUCUAGAAAUGGUGAGAUUCUUGCUGGAAGCUGGUGCAGACCAGGAGCACAAGACAGAUGAAAUGCACACUGCUCUCAUGGAGGCUUGCAUGGAUGGCCAUGUGGAAGUGGCGAGAUUGCUGCUUGACAGUGGUGCUCAGGUGAACAUGCCUGCUGACUCCUUCGAGUCUCCAUUGACUUUGGCAGCUUGUGGAGGGCACGUUGAACUGGCAGCUUUGUUGAUUGAACGUGGAGCUAACUUGGAAGAGGUAAACGAUGAAGGAUACACACCGCUAAUGGAAGCAGCUAGAGAAGGCCACGAAGAGAUGGUGGCACUACUACUUGGCCAAGGAGCAAACAUCAAUGCUCAGACAGAAGAGACACAAGAAACUGCUCUAACUCUAGCUUGCUGUGGAGGUUUUUUGGAGGUUGCUGAUUUUCUUAUUAAAGCAGGAGCAGAUAUAGAGCUUGGUUGUUCAACACCUUUGAUGGAGGCUGCUCAAGAGGGUCACUUGGAGUUGGUUAAAUAUUUAUUAGCUGCAGGGGCUAAUGUGCAUGCAACAACAGCAACAGGUGAUACAGCACUGACAUAUGCGUGUGAAAAUGGCCAUACUGAUGUAGCAGAUGUCUUACUUCAGGCAGGUGCAGAUCUGGAGCAUGAAUCAGAAGGUGGAAGAACUCCUCUCAUGAAAGCUGCAAGGGCAGGUCAUGUUUGCACUGUUCAGUUCUUGAUUAGCAAAGGAGCAAAUGUGAACAGGACUACUGCUAACAAUGAUCAUACAGUGUUAUCACUGGCCUGUGCUGGAGGUCAUCUGGCGGUUGUGGAGUUACUGCUAGCUCAUGGUGCUGAUCCUACACAUAGAUUGAAGGAUGGAUCAACUAUGUUAAUAGAGGCAGCAAAGGGUGGUCAUACCAGUGUGGUUUGUUACCUUCUAGACUACCCAAACAACUUACUUUCUGCUCCUCCACCUGAUGCUACUCAGCUGACCCCGCCAUCCCAUGAUUUAAAUAGGGCUCCUCGUGUACCAGUGCAGGCGCUGCCCAUGGUCGUCCCACCCCAGGAGCCUGACAAACCCCCUGCUAAUGUCGCCACAACCCUUCCCAUCAGAAAUAAAGCUGCUUCUAAACAAAAGUCCAGCAGUCAUUUGCCAGCAAACAACCAGGAUGUACAGGGUUACAUCACCAAUCAGUCUCCAGAGAGCAUUGUAGAAGAGGCUCAGGGCAAGUUGACAGAGCUGGAGCAGAGGAUAAAAGAAGCCAUAGAGAAGAAUGCUCAGCUGCAGUCCUUGGAAUUGGCACACGCUGACCAGCUCACCAAAGAGAAGAUUGAGGAGCUGAACAAAACGAGAGAGGAACAAAUUCAGAAGAAACAAAAGAUUUUGGAGGAACUGCAGAAAGUGGAACGAGAGUUACAGCUGAAAACUCAGCAGCAGCUGAAAAAGCAAUAUCUAGAGGUAAAAGCGCAAAGAAUUCAGCUCCAGCAGCAGCAGCAGCAACAGUCUUGCCAGCACCUGGGACUUCUGACUCCUGUUGGGGUAGGAGAACAACUCUCAGAGGGAGACUAUGCACGAUUACAGCAAGUGGACCCCGUCUUGCUUAAAGAUGAUCCUCAGCAAGCUGCUGCACAGACGGGUUUUGCACCAAUUCAGCCUCUGGCGAUGCCACAAGCUUUGCCUCUGGCAGCAGGUUCCUUACCUCCAGGGUCCAUCGCAAAUCUUACAGAACUGCAAGGUGUUAUAGUUGGACAGCCAGUAUUGGGCCAAGCACAACUAGCAGGGCUGGGGCAAGGAAUACUGACAGAAACACAGCAAGGGUUAAUGGUAGCCAGCCCUGCUCAGACGCUCAAUGACACGCUGGAUGACAUCAUGGCAGCAGUGAGCGGAAGAGCAUCUGCAAUGUCAAACACUCCUACCCACAGCAUUGCAACUUCUGUCUCCCAGCCUCAGACACCAACUCCAAGUCCUAUCAUUUCUCCUUCAGCCAUGCUACCGAUUUACCCUGCUAUAGAUAUUGAUGCCCAGACUGAGAGUAAUCAUGACACAGCGUUGACGCUUGCUUGUGCUGGUGGCCAUGAAGAGCUAGUACAAACACUGCUAGAGAGAGGAGCCAAUAUCGAACACAGGGACAAGAAAGGAUUUACUCCACUUAUUUUGGCUGCUACAGCUGGCCAUGUGGGUGUUGUUGAAAUCUUACUUGAUAAUGGAGCUGAUAUCGAAGCCCAGUCGGAGAGAACAAAGGACACUCCUUUGUCCUUGGCUUGUUCAGGAGGGAGACAAGAGGUGGUGGAGCUGCUUCUAGCUCGAGGGGCAAACAAAGAGCACAGGAAUGUUUCGGAUUAUACACCUUUAAGCCUCGCUGCUUCUGGUGGCUAUGUGAAUAUUAUCAAGAUUCUGCUAAAUGCUGGGGCAGAAAUCAAUUCCAGAACUGGUAGCAAAUUGGGCAUUUCUCCCUUAAUGUUGGCAGCCAUGAAUGGCCACACUGCUGCUGUGAAGUUAUUACUGGACAUGGGCUCUGAUAUAAAUGCCCAGAUAGAGACCAACAGGAAUACAGCACUAACUCUGGCUUGUUUCCAAGGGAGAACUGAAGUGGUUAGCCUGCUCCUUGAUAGAAAAGCAAAUGUGGAACAUAGAGCUAAGACUGGUCUCACGCCAUUAAUGGAAGCUGCUUCUGGUGGAUAUGCAGAAGUAGGCAGAGUUCUGCUGGACAAAGGUGCGGAUGUAAAUGCUCCUCCGGUACCUUCCUCAAGAGACACAGCUUUAACCAUUGCAGCAGACAAAGGGCACUACAAAUUCUGUGAACUUCUUAUUAGCAGAGGAGCCCACAUUGAUGUGCGUAAUAAGAAGGGGAAUACUCCACUGUGGCUGGCAGCAAAUGGAGGACAUCUAGAUGUUGUCCAAUUGCUAGUUCAGGCUGGAGCAGAUGUUGAUGCUGCUGAUAACAGGAAAAUAACUCCUCUUAUGGCAGCCUUCCGAAAGGGUCAUGUAAAAGUGGUUCGCUACCUAGUAAAAGAAGUAAACCAGUUUCCAUCGGAUUCGGAAUGUAUGAGAUACAUAGCAACCAUUACUGAUAAGGAGAUGCUGAAGAAGUGCCACUUAUGUAUGGAAUCAAUUGUUCAAGCCAAAGAUAGACAGGCUGCUGAAGCCAACAAAAAUGCAAGCAUUCUUUUAGAGGAAUUGGACUUGGAGAAGCUACGGGAAGAAAGUAGGAGAUUGGCUUUGGCUGCUAAAAGAGAGAAAAGAAAGGAAAAACGGAGGAAGAAAAAAGAAGAACAAAGAAGAAAAUUAGAAGAAAUUGAAGCAAAAAGUAAAGAGAAUUUUGAACUUCAAGCUGCUCAAGAGAAAGAGAAGCUAAAAGCUGAAGAUGAUCCAGAGGUCCCAAUGGAGCCUCCUAGUGCUACCACUACAACCACCAUAGGUAUAUCUGCAACUUGGACAACUUUAGCAGGUUCUCAUGGGAAAAGGAAUAAUACCAUCACCACAACAAGCUCCAAAAGGAAAAACAGGAAAAACAAAGUAUCCCCUGAUAAUGUUCAGAUCAUAUUUGAUGACCAGCUCCCAAUUUCUUAUAACCAACCAGAAAAAGUAAAUGGUGAAUCUAAGAGCAGCAGUACUAGUGAAAGUGGUGAUAGUGACAACAUGAGGAUUUCUAGCUGUAGUGACGAAAGCAGCAAUAGCAACAGCAGCCACAAAAGUGACAAUCAUUCUUCCACAGCCGUUACUAACACACAGAGCAACAAAAAGCAGCCAUCGGUUCUUGUUACUUGUCCGAAGGAUGAGAGGAAAACAGUUACUGGCAAAUCAUCCAUAAAGUUGUCUGAAGUCAUCAGUGAAGUGACAAGUAAUUCCUUGUCUACUUGCACAAAAUCUGGUCCUUCCCCCCUUUCUUCUCCAAAUGGAAAGCUUACCAUUGCUAGCCCUAAACGUGGUCAAAAAAGGGAAGAAGGAUGGAAGGAAGUUGUAAGAAGAUCCAAGAAGGUUUCUGUUCCAUCAACUGUCAUUUCCAGAGUCAUUGGCAGAGGAGGAUGUAAUAUCAAUGCUAUACGUGAAUGCACGGGAGCACACAUAGACAUUGACAAACAGAAGGACAAAACUGGAGAUAGAAUAAUAACAAUAAGGGGUGGCACAGAAUCAACAAGACAGGCCACACAGUUGAUUAAUGCUCUGAUUAAAGAUCCAGAUAAAGAAAUUGAUGAGCUUAUUCCAAAGAACCGCUUGAAAAGUUCAUCUGCAAACUCCAAAAUAGGGUCAUCAACACCUGCCACCACUACAGCUGCUAACAGUUCUCUUGUGGGAAUCAAAGUGACCACAGUAGCUGCUUCAUCAACAUCUCAAACUGCCUCUGCACUCACUGUGCCUGCAAUUUCUUCAGCAUCUAAUCACAAAACCAUUAAGAAUCCAGUGAAUAAUGUGCGACCUGGUUUCCAAGUCUCUCUUCCAUUAGCAUAUCCUCCUCCGCAGUUUGCACAUGCUUUACUCGCUGCUCAGACUUUCCAGCAAAUCCGUCCGCCUCGGUUGCCCAUGACGCACUUUGGAGGUACUUUCCCACCAGCUCAGUCCACAUGGGGUCCGUUUCCUGUUAGGCCAUUGAGCCCUGCAAGAGCUACCAAUUCGCCUAAACCUCACAUGGUGCCUCGCCAUAACAGUCAGAACAGCAGUGGUUCUCAGGUGAAUUCAGCAAGUUCUUUGACAACUAGUCCAACAGCUACAACAAGUUCAGUGGCUUCUACUGUGCCUGGUUCUUCUGCAAAUGGCAGUCCAAGUUCACCUUCAGUCAGAAGGCAGCUUUUUGUUACUGUUGUGAAGACGUCAAAUGCCACGACAACCACGGUGACGACCACAGCAAGUAACACCAGCACAGCGGCUACGAAUGCCACAUAUCCAAUUUCUACUGCCAAAGAACACUACCCUGCAUCUUCCCCAUCAUCGCCUUCUCCUCCGGCACAGCCAGCAGGAGUUUCUAGAAGCAGUCCUUCAGACUGUGCAGCAACCUCUCCAAAUAAAGGUGCACCUUCAUCUGAUCAGGAAGUGGGUAGUCCGCCAGCAGUAGAAACGAGCAGCUCGACCAGCACUAGGCAGCCCAGUACAGGUUCUGGGAGUUCUUCUGUGCACCCUGCUCAUCAGCAGCCUCCGGGAGCUCCUCUGCAAGAGGCAAGACCCCCUCUUCAGCAACCUCAGGUUCCUGCACCAGAUCCUCGAAUGGUUGUGCCUCCAAAUUUAGCAGUGACAAGCUCAUCUGCUCCUGUGGCGGGUCCAACAAAUGCCCCAAUGACCUAUCCCAUGUCUCAGACAUCAAUGGGGUCUUCUCAGCCUGCAGCUAAGAUGGAAACCCCUGCCAUCAGACCGCCUGUCCACGGAACUGGCAGCGUCCAUAAGAAUCCAGCUCCUGUGCAAAAUUCUUCCGUUGCAGUCCUCAAUGUUAAUCAUAUCAAAAGGCCCCCCAGCGUUCCUUCUUCAGUGCAGCUUCCUUCUACCUUAAGUACACAAAGUGCUUCUCAGAAUUCAGCCCAUCCUGCAAACAAGUCCAUGGGUAACAAUUUCAGUGCUACUUUACCAUUUGGGCCCUUCAGCACACUGUUUGAAAACAAUCCUACGUCUGCUCAUGCCUUCUGGGGUGGUUCUGUCGUUUCAUCUCAGACAACACCAGAGUCUAUGCUAUCAGGAAAGUCUUCAUUUUUGCCAAAUUCAGAGCCUUUACACCAGUCUGAUACUUCCAAAGCCCCAGGUUUUAGGCCCCCGUUACAGAGGCCAGCUCCAAGUCCCUCAGGUAUUGUCAGUAUGGAUUCACCCUAUGCUCCUGUAACACCUUCGUCUACACACCUGGGUAACUUUGCCUCAAACCUUUCGGGAGGUCAGAUAUAUGCACCUGGGGCACCUCUUGGUGGAGCACCUGCAGCUGCUAAUUUUAACAGACAGCAUUUUUCCCCACUUAGUUUAUUGCCUCCUUGUUCAUCAGCAUCGAAUGAAUCUCCUGCUCAGUCGGUGUCUUCUGGAGUAAGAACACAGUCUCCCACCCCCUCAGCAGUGUCCUUGGGAUCAGAAAAAUCCAGUAAUGUUUCUCAGGACAGAAAAGUUCCUGUUCCGAUUGGGACUGAACGGUCUGCACGUAUUAGACAAACUGGAACUUCUACUCCAUCUGUUAUUGGGAGCAACUUAGCUGCUCCAGUGGGACAUAGUGGUAUCUGGUCCUUUGAAGGUAUAGGUGGCAAUCAAGAUAAAGUGGACUGGUGUCAUAGUGGAAUGGGGAGCCACAUGAUCCACAGGCCCAUGUCUGAUCCAGGUGUGUUUUCACACCAAGCCAUGGAAAGAGACAGCACGGGAAUCAUAACGCCUUCUGGUACAUUCCAUCAGCCCGUUCCUGCAGGAUACAUGGACUUCCCAAAAGUUGGGGGUAUGCCUUUCUCUGUGUAUGGGAAUGCAAUGAUUCCUCCAGUAGCCCCCAUCACAGAUGGUACUGGGGGCCCAAUAUUUAAUGGGCCUCAUGCUGCUGACCCAUCUUGGAACUCUCUAAUAAAGAUGGUUUCAAAUUCCACAGAAAAUAACGGGCCUCAGACGGUGUGGACUGGAACUUGGACACCUCACAUGAACAGUGUGCAUAUGAACCAACUUGGCUGAGUGGGAUCAACGUGCUAGACUUGAGAUUCCUUUUUCCAGAGGAAAAUAAAAAUGGCAGAAACAGUUUAUGUGCUCCCAGAUCAUUCUACUGAUGUGCUUGACUGAAGUGUGUAGGCUUUUUGCAGAAGAACUUACUAACUGACCUUUUUCUGUGAACAUUGUGACUGCCCAUUCCCCACCAUCAUACGUUUCAACUUAGUUAGCCUUUAUUCUUUCCUUUUUUUUUUUUUUUUUGACAUAACUUUCUGUUGAAGCUGUUCUUUGGCUGGUUGGUUUUAGUACUGUAAACUGCUUCUGAGCAAACACAGAAAUUUAGCAAAAUUAUGUAAACUUGAUCCUGAAGUUUUAGAAUGGCAAAUAAAUGUACAAUUGUUUACAUAACAAAUGGCUAAGCAGAAAGUAAAUUUCAAUAUGUCAGUAUAGAGGCUCUACUUUAUGUAGACUUAAAUUAAUGUGAGAUAUGUACCUUCAUAUUCAGAAAUCUGGAUGUUUCCUUCAUACAUUAAACUAUUAAUAAGC